AUGGCCAGCAGAAUGGAUGUUGACUCUCCUAACCCUAACCCUCGCAAGCGACUCUCGGGCCGAUUCCCCUCUGUGCCACUCCCAACCAAGGCGCAGGAUCCUCGGCUUGUCGGUAUCCCUAGGCAAUCUACUGAUUCUCAAUCGUCAAACGCCCAACAGACACACCCAACCACUCCCGCAAAACCUACCUUCAUCCAGAGACCUGCUGGAGAUUCGCUCCCACAUGUGCCCCCACUCUCGAUCCCUGACAGCGCCCCGGGCCCUACAUCGACAGAAAAACAAAGUGCACCUAGUCACCAAGGCGCAUUGUUCAUCUCAGAUUUGGUCAAUUCAUUGAUCAAAGUGAACCAAUCCGAGGAAAAGAAAGAGAGACUUGAGAAGGAAAUAAUUUCUAUCUCCAAAAAUCUACAGAGGGCGAAGCAAUCCCCGCAAUAUCCGAGCGUCAUCACUCUCUUCCAGCAGCAGCUCGAUGCGGCCAAAGAUGAAUUGGCCAACCAUGUCAAAUCGAUCACCCAGCAUCGAUCGCUCUCCAACCAAGCGCAGGACAAAAUCAAUUCGACAUUGCGGCAGUCGAAGCCUCAGCCCCAGAUCGAAAAGAUAACUGAGAGGGUCGCGAGUCUGGAAUCUACAGUCGAAGGGAUAGUGCAAGGCCAUUGCCCAACCGCCGGUAGCGAGGAUUCAAACAAAGGAAAUGCCGAAAUCGGAACAGUCCAGGUGGACACGCAAGGCCAAGAUAUCGCCGAACUCAAAGGAAGGCUACACGAAGUGCAACAGGCCCUCAAUAACCCCAAAGGAUUGGAUCAUGCACUAGAAUAUAUCAAGAAAAUUGCGAACUCAGUUGCUGAUCAAUCUAGACGGAACGGUGUGUUCACGUCGCAAAUCUCAAGCCUUGAGGACGAAGUGAAAGCUGCCGACAAGAAGCUUGAUGACAAGGUUGUUGCCGUCAAGCAGAUGGUGGACACUGUCGAGGAAGAACGGAAUAUUUCCAAUAAGCAGCUAGAGAUCGAUAUUUCGGACCUGGGUUGGAAAUUGAAAAAUACGAACGAACAACUUGAGGUCAAGUUCUCUGCCAUUGAAAGCGAUCUCAGAUCUCUCAAUGAUAAGCAACAUGAUCUCAAUAAUAGCGCAUCGACUCAAGUUUCCCAAAUUGAGAUUGAAUUGCAGGCUCAAAUGAGGCAGGCCACGGAGCAGAUUACUGCCCAAGAAAAUCAUCUGGCCUCGCUUAUAACCCAGCAAAAAAAUGGUGGUACCGGCGGCCAGUUCUCAUCAGAAAGGACUCCAACUCCCCAUAGCGGGAUACUUACAAGAGUAGUGUCUCUGGAAAAGAAAAUACAAAGCCAUGCGGAGCUUCUCACCAACAUUAAGAAACUUCAUCAGGAUGUGGACGUCAUGCGUCUAUCCGAGUUGGAUACCCUCCGCCGGAAACAUGAGUUAAGGCAAAACACACUCGAAGAAAAAUACGAUGAUACUUCACAAAAAGUGGAAGGCCUGGCUACGAAAACCGAGGAAAUGUUCAAAAAGCAAACGACACUCGUCACCAGCGUUCACCAAUUUAAACUUUCCUUGCCAGGGCACUUGGAGCAGCUCCGAACCUAUCUGAAAAGUGGACUUGAUGGAUUCGAAACCCGCCUUACUCCACUUUCCGAUCUUGCUGAGACUGUAAAAAACUGCAAGGGUACAAUCGAAGCUCACUCCACGGCCAUUCGGUCACUAGAACAACGAUGGAACAACAUCCACUCAGCCGACUUGGUCAGUCUUAUGGCACGUGCCAUGCAGGAAAUGUACCCCUCUAUUGAUCAACUGAGUCAACAAUUAACAGCCUACCGAGCCGAAAUUGAAACCAGAAUCUCUGCGCUCAAGACAGAUGCAGACGCGUUCAAGGCGGAAACGAAGGUGUUCAAGGAAGAUACGAACCGAUUUAAGGCGGAUACGGAAAAGGCUCAGGCAGACGCACGCAACGCCCAGGAUAGCGCAGCUCAAGCAGCACAGGUGUCACCUGAGCAACUCCAGACUCUGGGUCAGUUGCCGACUUUGCUCCAACAGGUCAAGCACCUUUUCGACAAGCUUGUACCGAUCGAGACACUUAUCAAUGAGCACAGUGUUGAGUUGCAGAAGAAUCUUGAACAGCGGAGCGAAUUACACAACAGAAUCACGGCUCAAGAUGACACCAUCGGAGGCAUUGCUCAAAAGGCCGAUGAGCAGGUGGAAGAACUUGAAACAAUCACCCAGCACACGCGUCACAUCGAUCCACUGAUUAACCAACUUAAUGCUCACAUCUCGCAACUCCAAGAGGUUCGACAAGAGAUCGACAAGCUUAAUAAAGCCGCGCGAGUGAGCAGCACCGAUACAAUAACAGAUCUUGAUCGACUCCAGAGACGGCUGCAGGACUUGGAAAAUCGGAAUACAACGGAAGACACAGGUCUUGACGAAGUCCGAAAAAGAUUGAAAGUCCUAGAAGGCCAAAUCACAGCGGAGAAUGCAGGCCUUGACGCACUUCGGACACAACUGAAAGACCUGGAAGGUCGAAACUCAAUCGAAGAUCAGGACCUUGAUGAACUCUGGACACAGCUGAAAGCCUUUGAAGAUUGGAAACCACCAGUAUCAUUAGAGGAAUUCAUUGAGCUAAGGGAUAAGGUGAAUAUGUACAUCAAACGUUUGAGGAACGCCGAGGACACCUUCAAGGCACUUGGAGCAGCAACAACGAAUCUCGAUUUUAAUGAAGAACCCACUUCCAAUGCUCUCGAUAAACCAAUGGAGCAGCGCAUCCAUGGACAGGAAACCCCUCCAUUCCAACCAAACAACCGUCUUUUUACUCCAAGGCCUGUUGCAACACCCAGCACAGUCCCUAAGGGCCCUACUCUAGGUGGGUAUCCGAUCCAGCUCAACGGGAAGGGUCAGACCGACAAUUUCACAACAAGCGUUUCGAGGUCAAAUUACCCUGUGAUGCACGCUCCACAGCCCUCACACACGCUCAGUGGACCAAGCAAUAGUCAUCCAUCGCCAUAUUCUGGCAAAUCCGCCGAACCUCGUCAGGUUCAAAACUUGAAAGGAAGGCGGCGGGUGUCCUCUGUAACAGACUCUGACGACGAAAUAAACACAACUGAAUCUUCUUCGGUAGUUGAGUCUUCGCCGGCUCCUAGCUCUUCUGCCCCGGCAUCUUUUGUUCCAGGCUUGAGCAAAAAGGACAAGAAGAAGGCAAAGAAGAGAGCGGAACAGGCACAAGAGAAUUCCAAAGCUCCAAACAGAACAGCCAAGAAGCGAAAGCGGACCAAGCAGGAUGAGUGA